AUGGCAUAUGACAUCACCUUGUGGGGUGGUGCCUCUGAGGUAAAAGAUAUACUGCUGGUGCAGAAGAAGGCCAUCCGGAUUCUUUAUUCUCACUGUAUUCAAUUUUUACAUUUACAGGUCAGCUAUAAAGGCAUUCCACAGUGCCGUACUUUGCCUACCAGGGGUGAUGUGCAUGAUCAUGGCACCAGAGGCAGGCUGAGGCUGGACCUGCUAUAUUGUAGAUUGGGGAGGACCCAGAGCAGCCUCAACUACCAGCCAGCUAAAAUUUUGAACAAGCUGCCAGUAUCAGCCAGGACUCUGCCAGAGACAGUAUUGAAGAGGAGACUGAGGGCUUUCCUUCAGGAGAACCCCUUUUAUUCUAUGAGGGAGUUUUAUGAUUGUGAUCCUCAGACUUUUCAGAAUGCCUGGGAUCUCAUCAGACAGCUAACAUGGGGCGUCUGCUGGGAGUCUGUUCCAAAGCUUGGAUCCUGGUCUGGAAUAUUUCUCCUAUUGAACUGUCAGCUAUGAUUUGCUGGCCUGCCCACUGAAAGAGACGACUCACCACUGCAGGACAAAGCGCUUGACUAGUUGUGAACAGGUAGCCUGUUCUUCUAAUGCAUGCCAUUUUUACAUCUAGAUUAGUUUUCUAUGUGAAAUAUUUUCUGUAAUUUUUUAGUUACACUCCUCAGUAUUUUCCAUGAAUCAAUGAACUGAACAGUAGAGGUUUUACCUCUAUAAUACCCUAUAGACUAGACAACUUGAUAGACCAAUCUACUUACUACUCUACAAUGAAAUUCAAGUCAUGAAGUCAGCACCUUAUUUGAAUAAGUUUUCUAUCCUUGUCUGUCAUCAGACAAAACAGAUCAAUCCUUCCUUUCCAUCUUCGCAUCGUUGUUAAAUCAUUGAUGGGCUAUGAAAAAAAUAUAAUGAAUUAACCAAAAUAUAGGUUUAUUCAGUGAAACAGAAAGAUUUGAAUAAUUGGCUGAUUCAUGAUCGAGAAGUAUUGAAAAUGUAUUAUUAAAUAAAUAAAAGAUUAAUUUUCUUGGUGAUUAUAAUAUAUUUGGGUAUUCAAUUAGAAAUAUUGUUGAUAUAAUGUAAAACAUUUUUAAUAAAAUUCCAUGAGUCCUUUUUUAUUAAAUGGAUCUUCACAACAACACAAGUUCAUGAAUCCUCUUCAAUUGUAUAGACAUACCACUGCAAAUCUCUACUUUUGCAAUAAAUUUCUUGAAUUAUUCUGAAACCUUUGGUAUUUUAUCAACAAUUAAUUGUAUUUUCUAUUUUGAAAUUGAAAUGACAACAUUCAGAUUUCAAGUACUGAUGUAAGUUAUAGCUUAGAUUUUAUAAAAGAUAUUUGUCAAGACUUGAUUAUAUUGUAAAUUGGUAUGUGUAUAUUAUUGAUUGUACUGUUUAAUUAUAUGUGUUUAUUAUUAUUGGUGUAAGAUUCUAUUGAUUAAAAUACUGUAGGUACACUGUAAAAUUAUAGAGUAGCCUAUGAUUCAAUCAUAUUUUAUAACAUGUUUUUUUACAAAAUCGGCAAAUGAAUAUUACAUGUUUUUUAUUGUAGUACAGUAUUAAACGUUAAAUUGAGCUAGUAUGCAGAGUAAAGUUCGUUUCAAUAUUUUUCUGUCUUUAUUUUUAUUCGAAAUUGAUUGUUUUAUUAUGUCUUCUGUUUUCUGACAGUGUUCAGUUAAAUUUAUGGCGGUUUGAACUGGAGUGAUAAUUCAAAUUUAUAGACUACGAGACUGCUAAGAUUCGACUUAAUUUGCAUACUAUAAAAAGUCAUUUGUAGCACACUGCUACUAUAAAAAAUUGUUUCAUGUAAACAUAUUAUGCCUCUUGAUGCGAGGAACACAAAUCUGCAAUCAGAUUUGCAAAAUUCGUUACUGCUAAGAAAGAUAUGGUCAUUGGGUAAUUUCAAGUUUGUAGCUUCAUAAGAUAUAUUAUUGAAAGGUAUAUUUUCAUAAAUAUUCUCAUAACUCUCUAUUAUAGUAAUUAGGUGGAGCCUUAUGAAAUUCUUUAUUAUUUUGUAAAGAAGUAUAAUAUCUUGAGUUCAUACUUAUUUUAGAUGAUGGCUUUGCACACGCAUACACGGGCAAGAUAUUUUUCUCUGGCCACUCCCGUGUUUCGGAUGGACACGUUGAGAUGUCGGUCCCAGCUGCCUAAACGCAGUUGUUGGGUCAUGGUCCUGAAAUUGAUCAGAUGCGACCUGAUGAGAACUCUGGUCACCAAACAUGAGCCUGCCAGGUCACUCGGCAUUAUUACUUAAUUUAGAAAGUCAAUUUAUUCAGUUUUAUUGAAGAUGCAAUAAAUUAUUGAUCCCCAACUUCUCUAUUUACUCACUAAGAGAGGAUGAAACCAGUGGAACACAGUUUGAGACUGUUUUAUAGUUAGUAGUGACAGUCCAUUUAGAUCCACAUAAAACAAACUAUCUCAAGUUAUUUUUGUUUUAAACUUUGACGAACUCUGUUUGGCGAUCAUAUUGUAUAUGAAAGACCAAUAAAGACCUCUUUUAUAUUAUACUAUACAUUGCUUUUUAUUUCUAUAUACAUUACAUUCUGGUAUGCCAAACCAAAACCGCCAUUUUUUUUUCAUUUCCCCUUCUUCCCCGCUUCACAAGAAGCGCGCUAAGAAGUAAGAUAAUACUCUAUGAUAAUAAUACAAUAUAAAACUUGACCCUAUUAAUUUAAGCUAGAAUUGAACUGCUCAUUAACCAAAGUGUUAUAAUUUGACUGCAAUCUAACACUUUGGUUAAUGAACAGUUCAAUUCUAGCUGAAAUUAAUAGGUUGAAGAAAAAAUUAUGAGAGGAAAAAGUAAUCAUGAGACAUUUGAAUUUCCCGCUCAAAUAGUAUAAAUCAUGAGAAAUUUGAAUUUCCCGCUAAUCAUGAGAUAUUUGAAUUUCCCGCUAAUCAUGAGAAAUUUGAAUUUCCCGCUAAUCAUGAGAAAUUUGAAUUUCCCGCUCAAAUAGUAGCUCAUUUGCAUAUUAGAAAUGACCAGAUUUCUACCAGGGCAACAGAAACAUGCAAGAGGUACACAAAGUGGAUCAGUGUUGCGGGUUGCCUAUGCUUGCAUUGGAAGGCGUUGAAAAACCCUGCUAUCUCUUCAAGUGUUCUGACUCCCUGGUACAGAAUUAAAACCAAGUAAUACUACCAGGGCAACAGAAACAUGCAAGCGGUACUGACUGAUUUGAGCGGGAAAUUCAAAUUUGUGACAACUGAGCUCAUUUGUAUUGGAUGAGAAUUAGAACAGCACAGCAGAAAAAAGCAACAGGUAACGGAUUCAUUUUUCAUGAAUCCAAAAAUUAAUUAAAAUCGCUAAAACUCUCAGCAGUGAUAUAAUAUUUGACGAGAGAAACAAUAUAAUGUCAUCACAAUGGCGAAAUUCCUUAGCUUUCAUUAGAUAUGACCGUUUGAAAAUUUGCAAAUUUCAUGUUUGAAGCCGCAUUACUCAUCCUGUAUAGCUGGGAAUGCCAAAUUUGGCGUUCUUUCUUUUUCUUCUCUAGUAGUCUAGGAUAGGAUAGUAAGGAUAGAUAGGAUAGCAAUACACAUGUGAGAUUUUUAUGUAUUUAUUGAUUAUUUAUACAUUGUACAUAGACCAAUAAAGAUUGAUUACAUA